GGGUCACUCCCUCAUCGCCACCAGAAGAGUCCACUUCUCAGUGACUCCUGGCUGGGAACUGGAUGCAUUAGAGGGUAGCUAGUCAAUAUGAUUCUUCUUGCUGUGCUUUUUCUCUGCUUCAUUUCCUCAUAUUCAGCCUCUGUUAAAGGUCACACAACCGGUCUCUCAUUAAAUAAUGACCGUCUGUACAAACUCACAUAUUCCACUGAAGUUCUUCUUGAUCGGGGCAAAGGAAAACUCCAAGACAGUGUAGGCUACCGAAUUUCAUCUAAUGUGGACGUCGUCUUACUGUGGAGGAAUCCUGAUGGCGAUGAUGACCAACUGAUCCAAAUCACAAUGAAAGACGUAAAUGUUGAAAAUGUGAAUCAGCAGAGAGGAGAAAAGAGCAUUUUCAAAGGAAAAAAUCCACCCAAAAUCAUAAGAAAGGAAAACUUGGAAGCUUUACAAAGACCUGUGCUCCUUCAUCUAAUCCAUGGAAAGGUCAAAGAGUUCUACUCAUAUGCAAAUGAGCCGGUGGCCAUAGAAAAUCUCAAAAGAGGCCUGGCUAGCCUAUUUCAGAUGCAGUUAAGCUCUGGAACCACCAAUGAGGUGGAUAUUUCUGGGGAUUGUAAGGUGACAUACCAGGCUCAUCAAGACAAAGUGAUCAAAAUUAAGGCCUUGGAUUCAUGCAAAAUAGAGAGGUCUGGAUUUACAACCUCAAAUCAGGUCUUGGGUGUCACUUCAAAAGCCACGUCUGUCACUACCUAUAAGAUAGAAGACAGCUUUGUUAUAGCUGUGCUUGCAGAAGAGACACAUGCUUUUCGGAUGAAUUCUCUACAAACCAUUGCAGGCAAAAUAAUAUCAAAGCAGAAAUUGGAGCUGAAGACCACUGAAGCAGGCCCAAGACUGAUGUCUGGAAAGCAGGUUGCAGCCAUAAUUAAAGCAGUUGAUUCAGAGUACAAGGCCCUUCCCAUUGUGGGACAGGACUUCCAGAGCAAGUGUAAAAGAUGCCCUUCUCUCUCGGAGCACUGGCAGUCUACCAGAAAACACCUGCAGCCUGACAACCUCUCUAAAGCUGAGGCUGUCAGAAGCUUCCUGGCCUUCAUUCAGCACCUCAGGACUGCGACUAGAGAAGAGAUCCUCCAGAUCUUAAAGGCUGAAAACAAGGAAGUAUUACCUCAACUUGUGGAUGCUGUCACCUCCGCUCAGACUUCAGACUCAUUAGACGCCAUUUUGGACUUUUUGGAUUUCAAAAGUGACAGUAGCAUUAUCCUCCAGGAGAGGUUUCUCUAUGCCUGUGGAUUUGCCUCCCAUCCCAAUGAAGAACUCCUGAGAGGCCUCAUUAGUAAGUUCAAAGGUUCCUUUGCAAGCAAUGACAUCAGAGAAACUGUUAUGAUCAUCAUUGGGGCCCUCGUCAAGAAGUUGUGUCAGAAUGAAGGCUGCAAACUCAAAGCAGUGGUAGAAGCCAAGAAAUUAAUCCUAGGAGGACUUGAAAGAGCAGAGAAAAAAGAGGACACCAUGAUGUACCUAUUGGCUCUGAAGAAUGCUCUGCUGCCGGAAGGCAUCCCACUCCUUCUGAAGUUUGCAGAAGCUGGAGAAGGGCCCGUCAGCCACCUCGCUACCACUGCUCUCCAGAGAUACGAUGUCUCUUUCAUAACUGAUGAGGUCAAGAAGACUUUGAACAGGAUAUACCACCAGAAUCAUAAAGUUCAUGAAAAGACUGUGCGCACUACUGCAGCUGCUAUCAUUUUAAAUAACAAUCCAUCCUACAUAGAAGUAAAAAACAUUCUUCUCUCUAUUGGGGAGCUUCCCAAAGAAAUGAAUAAAUACAUGCUCACUCUUGUUCAAGACAUCCUACGUUUUGAAAUGCCUGCAAGCAAAAUGGUCCGUAGAGUUCUGAAGGAAAUGGUUGCUCAUAAUUAUGACCGCUUCUCCAAGAGUGGAUCCUCUUCUGCCUAUACUGGCUACAUAGAACGUACUCCCCAUUCAGCAUCUACUUACAGCCUUGACAUUCUUUACUCUGGUUCUGGCAUUCUAAGGAGAAGUAACCUGAACAUCUUUCAGUACAUUGGGAAGGCUCAUCUUCACAGUAGCCAGGUAGUCAUCGAAGCCCAAGGCCUGGAGGCCUUGAUUGCGGCCACUCCCGACGAGGGGGAGGAGAACCUCGACUCCUACGCAGGCAUGUCAGCCAUCCUCUUUGAUGUUCAGCUCAGACCUGUCACUUUUUUCAACGGAUACAGUGAUUUGAUGUCCAAAAUGUUGUCGGCAUCUGGUGACCCUAUCAGUGUGGUGAAGGGACUUAUUCUGUUGAUAGAUCAUUCCCAGGAGCUUCAGUUGCAAUCUGGACUAAAGGCCAAUAUGGAUGUCCAGGGUGGCCUAGCUAUUGACAUUUCAGGUGCAAUGGAGUUUAGCCUGUGGUAUCGUGAGUCUAAAACCCGAGUGAAAACUCGGGUGGCUCUGGCAAUAACUGGCAGCAUCACUGUAGACUCCUCUUUUGUGAAAACUGGCCUGGAGAUCAGCACAGAAACAGAAACAGGCCUGGAAUUUAUCUCCACGGUGCAGUUUUCUCAGUACCCGUUCUUAGUUUGCAUGCAGAUGGACAAGGAUGGAGCUCCACUUAGGCAAUUUGAGACCAAGUAUGAAAGACUGUCCACAGGCAGAGGUUACGUCUCUCGGAGAAGAAAAGAAAGCCUCAUAGCAGGAUCUGAAUUCCCUCUCCACCAAGAGAACUCGGAGAUGUGCAAGGUGGUGUUUGCUCCUGAGCCAGCAAGUACUUCUAGCGGUUGGUUCUGAAACCGAUUGGUGAUGUUUCACUUGAAUCUGUCUUCCCAGAAGGGAUACCAUGUGACAUGCCUGUGUACUUGCUCUCUGAGAGCACAGUGUUUACAUGUUUACCUGUAUUUAACAUUUUUGUAAAAAGCUAUGAAAAGCCUCCAAUGAUUAAAUGUGGGCCUAUUCGGUAUGCUCCCUAUAGUGUCAUUCUGAGCCAACAUUCGUGACACUUCCGGCAACAUUCCCAGUUUUCUUGUCCCUCCAUCAAAUCCCGUUUGGUGCGGUGGGAAGAGGCUGUCCUGAGAAGAAACGAUUGUUUAUAAAACACAUGACAAAGCACGCAUAUGCU